CACAAUCACACCAAACCACUAUAAAAAAAACACUAACAUCACUUUAGAUCUCUCUCCCUCGUGCCACCAACAACACUUCCUAACCACUCUCUCCACAAAAGUCGGUAGCAAUGUCAGCCGCCGCAUCAUCCGCGAUCUCCAUCGCCACCACCAAGCCCCUCAAGAACUUGUCCCUCUCCUCCAGAUCGCCUCUCCCUUCCGCCACAUCCAUCUCUUUCCCCACUCCUCGCCGCCGCCUCAUCCUCGUGGCCUGCACCGCGGGAGACGAAUCCAAACCUACGAUCCUCGUCGCCGAGAAGCUCGGUGAGGCUGGUGUGAAGCUUUUGGAGGAUUUCGCGAACGUCGACUGCUCUUACAACCUGACUCCCGAGGAGCUCAACACCAAGAUCUCGCUUUGUGACGCGUUGAUCGUUAGGAGUGGGACCAAGGUUGGACGCGAGGUGUUUGAAUCUUCUCGUGGUAGGCUCAAGGUUGUUGGACGCGCUGGUGUUGGGAUCGAUAACGUGGAUCUGAGUGCAGCAACUGAGUUUGGUUGUCUUGUUGUUAACGCGCCGACGGCGAACACGAUCGCUGCCGCUGAGCAUGGGAUCGCGCUUUUGGCUGGCAUGGCUAGGAACGUUGCUCAAGCUGAUGCGUCUGUUAAGGCUGGUGAGUGGAAGAGGAACAAGUAUGUGGGUGUUUCACUCGUUGGAAAGACUCUUGCAGUGAUGGGAUUCGGGAAAGUUGGGACUGAAGUUGCACGUCGUGCCAAAGGUCUUGGCAUGCGUGUCAUUGCUCAUGAUCCCUAUGCACCAGCAGACCGUGCACACGCCAUUGGUGUUGAUCUUGUGAGCUUUGAUGAAGCCUUGGCCACCGCGGAUUUCAUUUCUCUACACAUGCCUCUUACGCCAGCAACAUCGAAGAUACUGAAUGAUGAGACCUUUGCCAAGAUGAAGAAAGGAGUUCGUAUUGUUAAUGUUGCUCGUGGAGGUGUUAUAGACGAAGACGCGUUGGUGAGGGCUCUGGAUGCUGGUAUUGUUGCUCAGGCUGCUCUUGAUGUGUUUACUAAAGAGCCACCUGCUAAAGAUAGUCCUCUAGUCCAGCAUGAGAGGGUUACUGUGACACCUCAUCUUGGAGCCAGCACAAUGGAAGCUCAGGUUCUGACCGAGCUAAAACCAUAUGUGAUACUAGCCGAGAAGCUAGGGAGACUAGCGGUGCAGCUAGUGGCUGGAGGAAGCGGCGUGAAGAACGUGAAGGUCUCAUACACGUCAGCACGAGCCACUGACGAUCUAGACACAAGACUUCUACGAGCGAUGAUCACCAAGGGACUCAUAGAGCCAAUCUCUGACGUGUAUGUCAACUUGGUCAACGCAGAUUUCACUGCUAAGCAGAGAGGUCUGAGACUCUCAGAGGAGCGUGUUCUCUUGGACGGUUCACCAGAGAACCCGUUGGAGACAAUAACUGUUCAGCUAGGGAACGUGGAGUCAAAAUUCGCGAGCUCGUUGUCUGAAUCAGGAGAGGUGAGAGUGGAAGGAAAGGUUAAAGAUGGAGUCCCGCAUUUGACAAAGGUUGGAUCGUUUGAGGUGGAUGUGACUCUUGAAGGUAGUAUUAUUCUGUGUAGGCAGGUGGAUCAACCAGGUAUGAUAGGGACGGUGGGGAGUAUACUUGGAGAGUCUAAUGUGAAUGUGAACUUCAUGAGUGUUGGGAGAAUAGCACCGAGGAAGCAAGCGAUCAUGGCGAUUGGUGUUGAUGAUCAGCCAAGCAAGGAGACUCUUAAGAAGAUUGGGGAGAUCCCAGCGGUGGAGGAGUUUGUUUUCCUCAAGGCAAUAAUGUUAUCUUUGGCUUUUUAUUACACAGUUUUGGUUAUGUUGAGAACAGUAUUACUAGUAGUAUCUUUGAGGUUUCAACUUUAUGAUCCUGGCGCCAUAAAGCUAGGCAGAAUCACAAACCCUUGUAGGGUUCAUGUACCGCAACUUGCUGGAAGCCGAUCCACCUUCGCGUCUGGUUCUCCUCUGUUGCCAUUGAACUUGAGAGUGAUUCGUGGAGGAGGAAGAAGUGAGAACAGAAGAGGAGCAUCAGUUUCCAUCAGAAGCGAGCAAAGUUCAGAAGGAGGCAGCGGUUUGGACAUAUGGCUUGGUCGUGGAGCUAUGAUUGGUUUUGCUGUCGCCAUUACUGUUGAGAUUGCCACUGGUAAAGGUCUUCUUGAGAACUUUGGGGUAGCGAGUCCAUUGCCUACCGUUGCUUUGGCUGUUACAGCAUUAGUUGGUGUUCUAACUGCGGUUUUCAUCUUCCAGUCUUCUUCUAAGAACUGA